AUGAUCCAUAUAAUCAUGAAGAUCUGCUUUCUGCACAGAAAUGAGGAAAAUACAAUAUAGUUCUGAAAUUGAAGAUCUGUAUUUUCGUGGAAUGCUUUCAGAAUGAGAAAUACAUCUGGUUACCUUGGCGAACGUAGAAGGAUGAAAAGAGCCUCAUGAUGGCAAAAAACAAAGAACCUCGUCCUCCAUCCUAUGCUAUCAGUGUAGUAGGAUUAUCUGGGACUGAAAAGGACAAAGGUAACUGUGGUGUUGGAAAGUCAUGUUUGUGCAAUAGAUUUGUGCGUUCCAAAGCAGAUGAAUAUUACUCUGAGCAUACGUCUGUGCUUAGUACAAUUGACUUUGGAGGAAGAGUAGUCAACAAUGAUCACUUUUUGUAUUGGGGUGACGUAACACAAAGUGGUGAAGAUGGAAUAGAAUGCAAAAUCCAUGUCAUUGAACAGACUGAGUUCAUUGAUGAUCAGACUUUCUUGCCUCAUCGGAGUACGAAUUUGCAACCAUAUAUAAAACGUGCAGCUGCAUCCAAAUUGCAGUCAGCAGAAAAACUGAUGUACAUUUGCACUGAUCAAUUAGGCUUAGAGCAAGACUUUGAUCAGAAACAAAUGCCUGAAGGGAAACUCAGUGUAGAUGGGUUUUUAUUAUGCAUUGAUGUAAGUCAGGGAUGCAAUAGGAAGUUUGAUGAUCAACUUAAGUUUGUGAAUAAUCUAUACAUACAGUUGUCAAAAUCAAAAAAACCUAUACUAAUAGCAGCAACUAAAUGUGAUGAAUGUGUAGAUCAUUAUCUUCGAGAGGUUCAGGCAUUUGCUUCAAACAAAAAGAAUCUCAUUGUGGUAGAAACUUCAGCACGUUUUAAUGUCAACGUUGAGACAUGUUUCACUGCACUGGUACAAAUGUUGGAUAAAACCCGUGGCAAACCUAAAAUUAUUCCCUAUCUGGAUGCUUAUAAAACACAGAGACAACUUGUUGUCACAGCAACAGAUAAAUUUGAAAAACUUGUGCAAACUGUGAGAGAUUAUCAUGCAACUUGGAAAACUGUUAGUAAUAAAUUAAAAAAUCAUCCUGAUUAUGAAGAAUAUAUAAACUUGGAGGGAACACGAAAGGCCAGAAAUACAUUUUCAAAACACAUAGAGCAACUCAAGCAAGAACAUAUAAGAAAAAGAAGAGAGGAAUACAUCAAUACACUACCUAGAGCUUUUAACACUCUUCUACCAAAUCUUGAAGAGAUUGAACACUUGACCUGGUCAGAAGCCCUAAAAUUAAUGGAGACACGAACAGAAUUCCCAUUGUGUUUUGUAGUGCUGGAGAAAACACCUUGGGAUGAAACUGACCACAUAGACAAAGUGAAUGAUAGACGGAUUCCAUUUGAUCUCCUUAGCACUUUGGAAGCAGAAAAAGUCUACCAGAAUCAUGUACAGCACCUAAUUUCUGAAAAGAGGAGGGUAGAAAUGAAGGAAAAAUUCAAGAAAACUCUGGAAAAAAUUCAGUUUAUUUCACCUGGACAACCCUGGGAAGAAGUUAUGUGUUUUGUAAUGGAGGAUGAAGCCUUUAAAUAUAUCACUGAGGCUGAUAGCAAAGAGGUAUAUAGUAGGCAUCAGCGAGAAAUAGUUGAAAAAGCCAAAGAAGAGUUUCAGGAAAUGCUUUUUGAACAUUCUGAACUUUUUUAUGAUCUCGAUCUUAAUGCAACACCCAGUUCAGAUAAAAUGAGUGAAAUUCACACAGUUUUAAGUGAAGAACCCAGAUAUAAGGCUUUACAGAAACUUGCCCCUGAUCGAGAGUCCCUUCUGCUUAAGCAUAUAGGGUUUGUUUAUCAUCCCACUAAAGAAACCUGUCUUAGUGGUCAGAACUGCAUGGACAUUAAAGUAGAGCAACUACUUGCUAAUAGUCUUUUACAACUGGAUCAUAGUCGAUUAAGAUUGUACCAUGAUAGUGCCAACAUAGAUAAAGUUAAUCUUUUCAUUUUGGGAAAGGAUGGCCUUGCACAAGAAUUAGCAAAUGAGAUAAGGACACAGUCUACUGAUGAUGAGUAUGCCUUAGAUGGAAAAAUAUAUGAACUAGAUCUUCGAUCAGUUGAUUCCAAAUUGCCUUAUCUUUCUAGUCAGUUAUGGAAUGCUGCCUUUAAGCCACAUGGAUGCUUCUGUGUAUUUAACUCUAUUGAAUCACUUAAUUUUAUUGGGGACUUCAUUGGAAAAAUAAGAACCGAAGCAUCACAGAUUAGGAGAGAUAAAUAUAUGGCCAAUCUUCCAUUUACAUUAAUAUUAGCUAAUCAGAGGGACAGUGUUAGCAAAAAUUUACCUAUUCUCAGACAUCAAGGGCAACAGUUGGCAAACAAACUACAGUGCCCUUUUGUAGAUGUACCCACUGGUACAUACCCUCGUAAAUUUAAUGAAACUCAAAUAAAACAAGCUCUAAGGGGAGUAUUGGAAUCAGUUAAACGCAAUUUAGAUGUUGUAAGCCCUGUUCCCACCAACAAAGAUAUAGCUGAAGCUGACCUGAGAAUUGUCAUGUGUGCCAUGUGUGGUGAUCCAUUUAGUGUGGAUCUUAUUCUUUCACCAUUUCUUGACUCUCAUGCUUGUAGUGCUGCUCAGGCUGGACAAAGUAACUCUUUAAUGCUUGAUAAAAUUAUUGGUGAAAAAAGAAGACGAAUACAGAUUACGAUACUGUCUUAUCAUUCUUCAAUUGGGGUAAGGAAAGAUGAACUGGUCCAUGGAUAUAUAUUAGUUUACUCUGCCAAAAGGAAAGCAUCCAUGGGAAUGCUCCGAGCAUUUCUUUCAGAAGUUCAGGAUACUAUUCCGGUACAGUUGGUGGCAGUUACUGACAGCCAGGCAGAUUUUUUUGAGAAUGAAGCUAUCAAAGAGUUAAUGACUGAAGGAGAACAUAUAGCAACUGAGAUCACUGCUAAAUUUACAGCACUGUAUUCUUUAUCUCAAUAUCAUCGGCAAACUGAGGUUUUUACAUUGUUCUUUAGUGAUGUUUUAGAGAAAAAAAAUAUGAUAGAAAAUUCCUACUUGUCUGAUAAUACCAGAGAGUCAACACAUCAUAAUGAGGAUGUUUUUCUUCCAUCUCCCAGAGAGUGUUCUUUUUCCUAUACUGGCUAUAUCGAUUCAGAAGAUGAUACUGAAGCACCACCACCAUAUAGCCCAAUUGGGGAUGAUGUUCAGUUGCUUCCAACACCUAGUGACCGAUCCAAGUAUCGAUUAGAUUUGGAAGGAAAUGAAUACCCAAUUCAUAGUACCCCAAAUUGUCACGAUCAUGAACGAAAUCAUAAAGUGCCUCCUCCAAUAAAACCCAAACCAGUUGUACCCAAGACAAAUGUAAAGAAAUUGGAUCCAAACCUCUUAAAGACAAUUGAAGCUGGAAUUGGUAAAAAUCCAAGAAAACAAGCCUCUAGAGUUCCUUUAGCACAUCCUGAAGAUAUGGAUUCCUCAGAUAACUACGCAGAACCUAUUGACACCAUUUUUAAACAUAAAGGUUAUCCUGAUGAGAUCUAUGUUGUCCCAGAUGAUAGUCAGAAUCGUAUUAUUAAAAUUAGAAACUCAUUUGUAAAUAAUACCCAGGGAGAUGAGGAAAAUGGAUUUUCUGAUAGAACAUCAAAAAGUCAUGGGGAACGGAGGCCUUCAAAAUAUAAAUACAAGUCAAAGACGUUAUUCAGCAAAGCCAAAUCUUACUAUAGGAGAACACAUUCAGAUGCAAGUGAUGAUGAGGCUUUUACCACUUCUAAAACAAAAAGAAAAGGAAGGCAUCGUGGAAGUGAGGAAGAUCCACUCCUUUCUCCUGUGGAAACCUGGAAAGGUGGCAUUGAUAAUCCCGCUAUUACUUCAGAUCAGGAAUUGGAUGAUAAAAAAUUGAAGAAGAAAACACACAAAGUAAAGGAAGAUAAAAAGCAGAAAAAGAAAACUAAGCCUUUCAAUCCACCAACCCGUAGGAAUUGGGAAAGUAAUUACUUUGGGAUGCCCCUACAGGAUCUGGUUUCACCUGAGAAGCCUAUACCACUAUUCGUUGAAAAAUGUGUGGAAUUUAUUGAAGAUACAGGACUUUGUACUGAAGGUCUCUAUCGUGUUAGUGGGAACAAAACUGAUCAAGACAACAUUCAAAAGCAGUUUGAUCAAGAUCAUAAUAUUAAUCUAGUGUCAAUGGAUGUGACAGUAAAUGCUGUUGCUGGAGCUCUUAAAGCUUUCUUUGCUGACUUACCAGAUCCUUUAAUUCCAUAUUCUCUUCAUCCAGAGUUAUUAGAAGCAUCAAAAAUCCUGGAUAAGACAGAACGACUUAAUGCAUUGAAAGAGAUUUUGAAGAAAUUCCAUCCUGUUAACUAUGAUGUAUUCAGAUAUGUAAUAACACAUCUAAACAGGGUUAGUCAGCAAAAUAAAAUCAACCUCAUGACAGCAGACAACUUAUCCAUCUGUUUCUGGCCAACUUUGAUGAGACCUGAUUUUGAAAAUCGAGAGUUUCUGUCCACCACUAAAAUCCAUCAGUCUGUUGUAGAAACUUUCAUUCAACAGUGUCAGUUUUUCUUUUACAAUGGAGAAGUUGUAGAAACUGCUAACUCUGUGGCGCCUCAGCCACCACUUUCAAAUACUGGACAUUUGGUGGAGCCAAUGGUGCCACUUCAGUUACCACCACCAUUGCAACCUCAGCUAAUACAACCACAGUUACAAGCAGAUCCUCUUGGUAUUAUAUAAGUAGAAGAUGAUUACAGGCAGCCUGGCAUUGGACAAAAAAAAAAAAAUAGCAACGCUAGACAUGCAUGUUUCAGGGUACAAUAGUGUGUAUUUCAUAUUUCUGACAAAUAAUUCAUGUUCAGACUGAGGGAACAUCUUUCUCUUAGAACUGUAUCAUAUUUCUUGUUCAUUCCCACUGCAGAUCAAGACUAUGUGAUAAGCAUGACUGGAGAGGUUUAAUUUUUUUAAGCAAAAAUAACUAUAAAGUACAAAGCUACUGCUGCUGCAUGUAAUCUUAUUGCAAUCACUAUAUCAUUCCUUUGGCAAUUUCUGCCUCAAUAUAUUGUGAAUAAAAUUUUUCUAUAGAAAUUAAAUGAUUUAAAAACUCACAUUUAUGAAACAUUCAGUGCUUUUCAGCCUGCUUUAUGGCUGUUUUUUUUUUUGUUGUUGUUGUUAUUUGGGCAACUUGAUUUACAUUCAAACAUUCUGUGUAGAUACUAAAAGCCCAGCUAUAGUUAUUUUAUCACAUCAAGCUACUUACACCAUACUUGGUAUGAUGUUGGAAAGAAUGAAAAAAAUGCACUGUUGAAAAUAUAUUACACUCCUGCCCCUUCAAUCCUCUGAGUAAACCUGUGGACAAUUUGAUGAGGGGUAGAUUAAAUUUAGUUCUCAUUUUUUGUAGCACAAUACCAAGGACAUACUUGUGGCAAAAGUGAAUUUCGAAUGUUGUGCAAAAAAAAACCUGAUGUCAUCUACUUAUUUCCUUAUGUUCCAUUAAUGAGAUAAACAUUUUGUAUACUAUUAAUUCUGUAAACAAAUGCAUGUUCAAAAGAUCAUUGAUGGUCUUAUAAACUUAAUCUAAUAUAUUUUAGAUAUUUUAAUUUUUUCCCUCUUGGGGAAUACAUUUAGUGUGUAGAAAAUACCCCAUGCCAUUUUCAUAUAAGGUUAUAUAACUUUUCAUACAUAUGCAUAAAAAUUUUGUUGUAGUAAAAUUCUUUAAACCAAACAAUGUUUUAAUCUAGGACAUGAAUUUAAUCUGUUCUUUAAAAUCUAUUUUUAUGUGGCCCUUUAAAUAUAUACAAAAUUCAUUGCUAAUAUAGCAAUAAAUACUUUGGGUACUGACUGCCUCUUUGGAGUGUAUAUAUAAAAUUACAAACUUGUAUUCUUAUUCUUUUCUGUGGUAUGAUGUACUAAAAUUUCAAAAUUACUUUUGCACCAUUUUUAUACUUUUUUCUUUGAUGUUGGUACCAGUUUUGCUGUAAAACAUUGCUGCUUUUUUUCAUUUUAAACAUUUUAUUAGUGAUAAUGCAACUUACAAAGCGAUAAAUUAUGGUUAAAAUUUCUGAAUUAGGCGGCUAUAAACUUUUUUGUUGGGCUUUUCUCAAGAGUUCUAUGAACAAACUAUGCCAUUUUUGUCUGGAAGGGGAAAUUUUGAUUUUUCAGCUGCUAGGGUACGUUUUUUUGUGGUUAAGGAAAAAUUAUUUGGUCAUUGUUGUAAUCUUCACUCAUAAUGAGAUUUUAAGAUCGUCCUAUGUAUUAUAGUAAAUAGAUGAUUUUGAGAUUUAAGAUUCUUAUGAGUUUGAUUUGCUCCCUUUUCCUAAAAUAAAAAUUGCCUUUCCCAAC